AUGUCCACUUGUUCACUUGAAAAGGUGCUCCCGACCGAGUGUAUCCACGAAAUAAUUUCUCAUUUGACGCACGACAACCUUUCGACACUCAACAGUUGCGUUCGAACCAGUCGGCUGUUUGCGCGAUUGUCCGUCUUUUUUCUCUAUAAGAAUCCCUGGAAGUAUUUUGAAAUUGAAGAGGAGGAAGGCGAAUUUUACAAGAGGGAUCUUAAUCCAAAAGGUGCACUAUUACUCAGGACCUACUUAAGUUGUUUAAAUGAACCGUCAAGAUUUGAAAGCGCUACCUCAGAAAGUUUUCCUACCACAAUGGAUUACAUUUCUUUAACACGUCAUAUCAAUAUUCCCAUGCUAUAUCACUUCCUCGAAGCCAGACUUGCUAUUACCGUUGGUUUGACUGACAGAAACAAGAAAAUUCAGGAAGCCUUUUCGGCUUUAUCUGAGGCCUUUAGCAAGCGUUGCGUCACGGUAGAAUCGUUGGUGACCUGUAAAUCGAAUCCUGACAUUUUUACUUCAAUGGUUCAGAAAUUUCCUAAUAUCUCGCAUCUGGAUCUCUUGCAAUAUGAGAACACCGACGAAACCCUAAAGUUCAUUGGUGAUCACUGUAAGAGGCUUUCCGUAUUUAAAUUUACCGUCUGUAACUGUUCUCCAAAGCUCUUGUCCGACUUUCUGGAAUCUCAAGACGAGGGAUAUCUCAAUGAACUUUGCAUCAAGAUCACUGUGGAUCCCAAAAAAUUGUUGACCGGAUUGUCUCCAUCUGUCAUUGCCAAGAUCACCGACCUACGCAUUAACGGACUUCACAUUGAUCACGCAAUGGAUAACCUGAAGUUUCAAAGGUUGCGUUCAUUGGAUCUCAGCGACUGUCACAGCAUGGAUGAAAAAGCAUUUAGUGCGUUGCAAUUUGGUCAGAUGAUAACUGAGAUCAAUCUUUCGGAGACAAAAAUAUCGGAAGCCGGUGUCAUUUCUCUUGCAACUCAUUGCAAACACAAUCUAAAAAAGUUAAUCAUGUUACCGUGUGGUGCUGCUGAUUCCGUUGAACAAGGUAUUCGGGCACUUGCGACAUAUUGUCCGAAUCUUGAGGAGUUCAGGUUGGACGUCAUUCGUGUUGAAAUCAAAGCUAUCAUGGAAUUAAUUCAAUCAUGUAGGGGAAUAAAAAUUUUAGUUCUCGGUGGUGUGGAAAUAAAUAAUGACGACCUGCUACUUGACGAACUCAUGGAUUCAAUUCGAACCAACAUUGGUGAAUCAAUCAAAUGUCUGGACUUGCGCGAAUGGAGUGUCAGCGAAAAAGCGGUGAUCGAUUUGACUGGAAAUUGUCGCAACUUGGACAAAUUGAUUCUGAGAUAUUGCCGAAAUGUGAAUAAUAACUGUAUCAAGGCAAUUAGCAAAUAUCUGGCGGGAACCCUUCGACAUCUUGACGUGGCAAACUGUCCCUUGGUGACUUCUGACGAAAUCGUGGCGGCUGAGGAAAAAUUGGUUAAUUGUCGCAUAAUUCAUGCCUCAAGAUUCUAUUGCAUUGACUGA